UUAUGAACGUCGUACGUACUUCAAUACCACCACCGCCACCACUACCGCCCGUCACGUUCCGCCACCACACCUCACGGCAACACCAACAUCCAUCCAUUCAUUAAUUCAUUCGUUCAUUGAUUCUUCCAUCAUUCAUUCAAGCCGCGUCCCCAUCCCCACCCCCCCCUCUUCCGCCCGCCAUGCAGCCCCUCGAGCUCACCCUCAUCGUCGCCGCGACGCGCAACAUGGGCAUCGGCGCCCACGGCACCAUGCCCUGGACCGGCCUGCGCAAGGAGAUGCAGUACUUUGCCCGCGUCACCACCCGGCUCCCGCCUCAGGUGCGCGGCGGUCCCUUUCUUCUUGAUGAUGAUGAUUCUCGUUCACUACUCCCCAUCCAUGGUUUUCGUUGGUAGUAUGCUAAUUCGUUUUCUUCCUCUUGGUGCACGACCAGGCUCCCGCCGGCGCCGUCAACGCCGUCAUCAUGGGCCGCAAGACGUGGGACUCGAUACCUCCCAAGUUCCGUCCGCUCAAAGACCGCCUCAACAUCAUCAUCACCCGCUCCGCCCCUCCCCCUUCACUGCCUGCAGCGUCGUCGUCAUCGUCCGGACUCCCCUCAUCAGUAGCCGCCGCAGCACCGUCAGCUUCAACGACGGCAGCAGGCUCGUCAUCAGCCGCAGCAGCACCGGCGCCGACGACCCUCUACACCGCGGAACCCGUACGCGUCCCCUCGCUCGAGCACGCGCUGCAGUACGCCCAGGCACACGCCGCCGCCCUCGGGCGCGUCUUCGUCAUGGGCGGCGCGCAAAUCUACGACGCCGCCCUGCGCCUGCCCGCCGCGCGGCGCGUCCUGCUUACCGCCAUCGAGCGCGACUUUGACUGCGACACCUUCUUUCCGCUUCGCCUGGUGGACGGUGAGGGCGACGCCGACGACGGUGGGUGGGCGAAGAGGUCGCGCGCCGACCUCCGGGCGUGGACGGGCGAGGAGGCCCUCCCGGACGGACCGCAGGAGGAGGCUGGCACAAGAUACGAGUUUCAAAUGUGGGAAAAGGUUGCCUUGAAGUAGGAAAAGCGCGGGGGAGAGGCCGGCGGUAAAGAAGCACGAACUCGGGAUUUGUAUGUGUGUGGAUAGACAGGGGCACCCUAUUCUGGUGUCCCAAAGUUGGCAUCGACUGGCCCAAGAUUUACAAAGUGAU